AUGCAGGUCGCGACCUGCAGAUCUAACUUGAGAAGAUCUCGCUUUUUUCGCUGCGGAGGAGAAACGCUGUUCUUUUCGCUACCAGAAGUUGCAUUGGUGCUCAAGGUCCUCGAGCAGAAAAGAGCGAUUAUUGAUGCGUUUGAAUCGCAGCGACUCAUGUUUGCCUUUGAUUUUCCGAGAUUCGUAAAAAGCACGACAAGAUUAGAGAUACAAUACGCGGUCCAAACCGAAGAAAUGGUCUACGAGAUGGAGCGUGACACCCGUAUGACACCCGCUGUGUCCAGCAUAAAGUUUAAUAUGAAGUCACAGGAGACGAUGGACUUCGGUAGUGCUCGCGCGCCUGCUCCGGUGGUGUAUAUUUCGGUAGACGUGGAUAGUUUAUCUACGUCUGUAGUCUCGUCCCUGCCUUCCAAGAUCCCAUUUUCCCAUCACUCGACGUCCAAGUCGUCUGCGAUUGCUGCAUCGUUCCCUGCUUCGGUGUAA